AUGGCAAAACGAAGCCGCAUCAAGAACCUCCUCAUAGCAACCUCAGUCGAGAUACCGAGCAUCAUCACCCACUCGCAAGCUGACGGUCAAUCCAGCGGCCCCGUGGUUGCCUUGGCAUCUCUAGCCACCGGGCAGGCCAGACAAGAGACUCGCCGGGCUGGCAAAAGACCUCGCAUAGAUCCAACUGCCGAGCUGGUUGUCGAGCUAACCACCGAGCAACCCACCGAUACUGUCGACCCAACACCACCAUGGUUGCUCGGCCAGCUUAACGAAGCCGAGAAGAAGAGGGAUGAGCUCCAGGCCGAGCUGGAUGCAUUGAAGAACUCAAGGGAAAAAGAACUUGAGGAUGCCAAUAACGCCGGCUUUAAGGAGGUCGAAGACAGCUACCAAAAGCAAGUCUUUGCCACCCAAGACAUCUACUUUAAAGCUGGUUGGAAGUCUGCCUGUGCUCAGCUCGGUCAAGGUCCCGAGACCGACGUAUUUACCUCUCCGCCAGCUGUCUUCUUGCCGGUAUUGUCAACUCGUCUAGGUAGAAAGCCUGAGGAUAUUGUCAAACUAGAUGCAAAUGAAAACCCAUAUGGUCCACCUCCAGAGGUUUUUGAGGCUUUGGGGUCACUGAAAUUCCCUUAUGUUUAUCCUGAUCCUGAAAGCCGUAGAUUGCGUGCUGCUCUUGCCCAGGAUUCGGGUCUUGAAUCUGAAUAUAUUCUUGCAGGGUGUGGUGCAGAUGAACUCAUUGAUUUGAUUAUGCGUUGUGUUCUGGAUCCCGGUGACAAAAUUGUGGACUGCCCUCCAACCUUUACAAUGUAUGAAUUUGAUGCAGCUGUUAAUGGGGCACUUGUUAUCAAAGUACCCCGGAAGCCAGAUUUUAGCUUGGAUGUAGAACUGAUUACUGAAGUUGUUGAGCAGGAGAAACCAAAGUGCAUAUUUCUGGCUUCACCCAACAAUCCUGAUGGGAGUAUAAUCAGUGAUGAAGUUCUAUUGAAGAUCCUUGAUCUGCCUAUAUUGGUUGUGCUGGAUGAAGCAUACAUUGAAUUUUCAGGAAUUGAAUCUAAGAUGCAAUGGGUGAAGAGGCAUGAAAAUCUAAUUGUCCUUCGCACAUUUAGUAAAAGAGCUGGUAUGUUUAUAGUAGUGAUGAUUUGCGGUAUUUUACAGGAAGAUCUUGCGACAAUGGGUGUGAUGAUCCGUCACUACAAUAAUAAAGAAUUAAAGGGUUAUGUCCGUGUCUCUGUUGGUAAGCCUGAACACACAGAUGCCUUAAUGGAGUGUCUGAAUCGUUUCUGUUGAAUUUUUGGCAAUGCCUUUCGGUCUUUCAAGUUAGAAAUAUUCACAUCAUUCAGAUAUAGUCCAUAUAAUUGUACUUGUAGUGUAAAACGUGUUAUUGAACUUUCUACUGUUUACGUUCUGUUUUAUUGUUUUGGAAAGGUAGAAAUAUUGAGGUUUCUGUUAAAUUCAAAUAGAUGUUUUAUCUAAAGCCCGCACGCACACAUACAUACAUGUGAGAUUCAUAACAUUCUGGAUGACAUUUUUUUAUUGAACUUUCAAGUGUUCACAUUCUGUAGUUUGUUAUGGAAAGUAGGAAAUAUUGAGGUUGCGUUCGGCUUCAGUCCUGUGUUUUGUCUAAAA